AUGGCACUCAUCGAGACCGGCCUGAUAUGGGUGGCGUACGCGGUAUGCUUGGGCAUCUUGGCCCUCAUUGCAGGCGUCUUCGUCUUCAUCUACCAGAAGCCAGCGGAACGCACCAUCUCCGUCACCAUCGUCUCCUUCAUCACCGUCUUCGCCCUGCUCGCCACCGUCCUGCUCAUGCCCGUCGACAUUGCCUUGACCUCGAGCACGACCAGCCGCAAGAUGGGCGCUAAGAAGGACUGGGCCACGCCGGACGCCGUGGAUAACAUCAUCUACCAGUUGAAGAUUGUUUACUACACAUUGUACUCCUUAGACGCGGUGCUGUGUCUGCUAGUCAUUCCUUUCACGUACUUCUGGGUGGAGGAGUACGACGAGGUGGCGACCGAGGAAGGCACGCAGACGAUCGGGGCGAGGAUCUGGGGUGCUUUCAAGUACACCAUUGCCUUUCUUUUCCUGGUUAUUGCUCUCUUCCUCGUUGGCUUCUUCGUACCGGUUGCCAAGAAGGCAAGGGAUGAGCAUAGAGAUCUGGACUACUUCAAGGAUCUUCUCACCGAGAACCACGGCGAACGCGCUCUGACCUUCUCCAUUGGCAUCCUGAUCACGAUCGGCACAGUCCUCUACUGCCUUUACACAGCCCCUGGUCUCGCACUCCUCCCAUUGACCCUCAUCAAGUCAGCCCCUAGGAUCUCGGCCCCGCAGCUCGCAGCCAGCACUUCCAGCCAACUCGCGCAAAAUCGCGAACGUCAACGCCAACUCGAAGGCCGCAAUGCCGGCCGACAAGGCGGUCUUGAGGCUCGUGAUCGCCGCGAACUGGAAGCACUCGUCCGCGAAGAGCGCACGCUCGUACGCCGCGAACGUCUUGCCGCAGAAAGACAAGGCGAAGGCCACAACAUCCUCGUCCGCAUCUGGAUGAAACUCGGCGCCAUCUUCCGUCCCGUCGAGCUCCUCGCCGGCCUCCUCCUCGCCCUCAUCGCCCUCUUCGUCUUCGCCAGCAUGCUAAUAACCUGCAUCGACAAAAUCAAAAACUCCGUCUGCAAAGCCUCCUGCGGCUACCUCCUCGGCGCCACGCAAAUCUUCCAACCCAUCAACUGGCUCAUGACGCUCACCAGCAAGAUCUUCCCGAUCGACUACGUCCUCUUCCUCCUCCUCACCCUCCUCUUCUUCGCCAGCACCGUCGUCGGGCUGGCGACAAUCGGCAUCCGCUUCCUCUGGCUCAUCCUCUUCCGCCUGCGCCUCUACAAAUCCACCCCGCAAGCCAUGCUCAUGGCCAGCGCCCUCCUAACCCUCAUGGUGCUCGCGCUGAACUACAGUCUCGCCAUGAUCGUGGCACCGCAAUACGCGACCUUCGGCCCGCAAACUUUCUGUGACCGACCCUCGCAUCAUCCUGACGAGCAACCAGAUUGCUCCCACCACCGCAACGCGGUCAAGCCCUGCAGCGAACGCGCGGACAAUCCGGUCAGCCACCUCGUCUGCACCCCAAGUGUCGUUUCGACCUUCCUCAACCGAAUCACGGUCAAUUUCCCCUUCCUGGGUGUGGUAGACUUCUGGGCCCAAUUCGCCUUCCUCGGGAUUUUCAUCAUCGUCUUCAUCGUCAUGCUAUUCAGGGUGCCGAAGCUGGAUGAACGGGAGAUGGAUGACGAUUUGAGGGAGGAAGAGGAAGAGGGUCUGCUAGGUGCGACGGGCAGACGGUUCGGAGCGACGUGGCAGGAUAUUACGGGACGUGUGAAGGGGGUUAAGCGGGCGGAUUAUGGGGCUGUGAAUGGAAGUGGAGAUGCUGCGGCGGACCGAGGGACGAUGGAUCAUGGAGAGGAGGCGCCUGUAAGGGCGUGAGGCUUUCUUACUGAAGCGGUGAAGAAUGUAUAUACAUCGUUAUGUGCUGAGAUUGCGAUACCCGAACUUUGCGAGUGAGAUACGAGGAAUAGAUGGGCUGAUACAUAAUGAAGGGCUAAAAGGCGCUUGAGGUUUGAGUAAGCUGUCUUUAGCUACGCUUUGCGCAGCAUCGAUGUAGCCAUGCUUGUCCAUCACCUAGCGGAAACAGUACA